UGUUGCGUUGUUAUGGUUGUUAUAUUUCUGGUGUUGGCUGCCAUUCAUUUACAUCGUAUCGUUCCUGAUCGAUCAGGCGCCGAAAGCUUAUGCUGCUCUCAUCACCUACAGUGCUGUUGUCCCAAUCGUCGCGCUAAUUCUUAAAUUCAUUAUGGGUGUAUACUUACCAAAAAUACAACCUGUUUACCAUACGAUGUGUCUUCUGUUAUUGCCGCCGUAUGCGAUGAGCUAUGGCUUUUGGAUAAUAAUUGGUUACGAGAUUUCACCGUUACUGAUGAAUGUGUUAACGGCAGCUGGGGACGGCAUGGAUCAUGCGUCAAUUUACAGUUGGGAUCAGCUCGGUCGUAUUCUAACGUUGAUGGCUGUAUCGGGUGUGGUAUACUGGGCUGUUCUGAUGGCGAUACAAACUCGACGCAUCGCACGUUUCUUUCAUGCACUAUGGCGCAUUCCGUAUCGUUCAUCAUCCGUCAGUGAUGAGGUUGUCACUUUGUUUGGC